AAGUAUAAUGUAUAUGGACAUAUAUGUAUAUUUUAUAUAUAUAUAGCACGCGCAAUGGCGUAAGCAUUCGAAAUGUCUACGUCGCUGGAUGUUCCGCGCCGGCCAUUGCGCGGUCGUGUUUUGGCCGACCGAAAAGAUGGCGGACUCUUGUUUUCAAGAUCGCUCGCGCACUCGGCACGUCGGAACGCGACUGGCACGGCUUUGAAAAGUAAUCUCGCGCGAAAGUUGACAUGCUGCACGCGUGACAGUCGCAGCCGCGGUUGAACGUCGUUGUGACAAUUCGCGUAUGCGAUCCCCGCGUCGUCGUCGUAGCGCUCGCUCGCUCAUCUCGGCGUCCUCGUCAAAACGAGUAGUUCCGAACGAAGAGCGCAGCUCGCGCACAAGGAUUGUCCGAAUUCAGAGUGCUGUCCGAUCAUCUUCACGUCCCGCUCUGAUGUGUUGCGGGAUCGGAGCAAGGAUGCCAUCGAGUGGGUGAAGUGGUCGCGCGCCAUCGCGGGUUUCUCUAAACUCCCUCCCUCCCCUCUUCGCCCCCCUCAUUCCCCCUCCUAACUGUGUGUUUACCGCUCGCCUGCUACGGAGCGCGAUUUUGGUUAGGUUGCUCGAGUAAAUCUUCCUAUACUUGUUUUUAUGAUACCAGAACGUCGUCGCGCGUGUUUGUCGCGGUGGUUCACGUUACAAUGUGACGAGCUAUCGUUUUUGUGAACUAAUGAUCAUUGAGUAGCAGUCUCACACGAUGGCAAACAGCGAUUUUGACAUGGAGCUCUUCGAGCGAAGACUCCAUACACUGAAAGACUCUCAGGAGUCUAUACAAGGGCUCUCUGCGUGGUGUCUAGAGAGAAGACAGCAUCACAAAAAGAUUGUUGCCACUUGGUUGCAAGUUUUGAAAAAAGUAAAAGUCGAACAUCGGCUCACAUUGUUCUAUCUGGCGAAUGAUGUUAUUCAAUACUCAAAGCGGAAGAAUUUUGAAUUUGUGGAGUCGUGGGGCACUACUUUGCAACGUGCAACAACUAUGGUUCGUGAUGAGAAAGUAAAACAUCGUAUAUUGAGAAUCUUCAAAAUAUGGGAUCAGAGGCAAGUCUACGACGAAGAGUUUCUCGCCGAUCUGUCCGGCUUAAUUUCGGCAGCACCAAAAAAGAAACUGGAUCCCCAGCCAACUUCGCAAUCCGAGGAGUUUCAGGCAGCUUUGCUCAUCUCUACAAUGAGAUCUUGUGCGACUCUGGAACAAGCGACUGAUGCCAGACUUCGUGACUUAAGGGAAAGUAACAUAGACAUAGAAUCUGCGGAAGAGUUACGUGCGUCGUUAAAGGAUAGAAGGCGUAUGGAAGAUGCGGAAAAAGAAAUAGAUUUGGUUGCAAGAAAUGUUGAAAAUUAUGUUCGAUCAUUAGAGGCAGAGAUCAGGGAAAGGACACAAGUGAUUGAGUUAUUGGAACAAGCAGAUCAGUUUUAUGAAACACAACGUGGGGAGGUUAAAAUAGUGACAAAUGCGUACCGGAAUUUUGGUAGUCGUGUGAAAAAUUUGAAGAAAAAAUUGGACGAACUGCUACCGACGUUCGUCUCGCCGAUACCUUCACCGGACGUGAACGCACCCUCGCCGAGUCCCGAUAGCGAUAUAGAACUCCCAGGAGACGAGAUUCAAGUGGCAAAUAAUCAAUUGGGAAUAAUUGAUGUAGCACCACCAUCCAUCUAUGGUUCAUAUUCUCACGAGUAUGAUCCUAUACCUGUACCUGCACCUGACUCGGUACAAGGCAACGAAUCGACGGAUUUUACCAAUAAUUUUCCCUCUUUUAUAGGAGGAAACAUGGAUUUUGGUAAUAUGAGAAAUUUGUUUAAUGAAAGAUCCACAACACCUCCUGGGAUGUCUCAACAGUAUAAUGAAUCUUUGGAGGCAAAACCAAUAGAAGUGAUUAAUAUGAGACCAUCGAAGAAUGAAAACAGCAAUGCUGACUUCAAUAUAUCUAGUUUCUUAAAAACAGUUCUUCCGUCUUCCGACGGAACGCCAGAUCCGGGUCGAAUACCAGGUCUGGGCCUGGACGUUUCUGAGAAUCGAGUAGAAUCGCCGCAACGCACCAACUAUAGAAACUCGCCUACGUUAGGACAACUUCCCGUAACGCCUGUGAUUUCAAGAAUGAUGGGUAGUCAGGGUGUGCCACCCCUUGGUGGGGCUGGUUUAAAUAAUUGCCAGAUGAGUCACAGUACUCCAUUGUCGGUUCGCAAUCUGCCUGCUGAAUCCCACACACCCUCUCCGUAUUCCAGUCAAAACAGCCAGAGUAAUAUGACAGGUCCCUUUGAUGGUUCUGCUAACUCUAGUGCAGUUAAUCCUUUACCACCUCCUCCCUUACCACCACCCAUUUUUCUCGAUGACGAAAAUUGUUACAACAAAUUGCCACCGAAAUUUCCCACGUGGACGCCACCGAAUGAAAGCGUCAAAGAGUCAGCCAAAUGGGAGGAAAAAGCGAAUUUCGCUAUAUGUUCAGGAAAGAACAGCAUGAAUCCCACGUGGCCCGGCGAAUGCGACGAUAAAAACAAGAGUUCAUGGAUGGACCGCGACGGAGAGAGAUGGGACUCCAAUAAUGACUCCACAUGGCCAGGCAAUGGCAGAACGAAGAAUGACAUACUAUCAGAGACCCCUGAAUCACCGCCCAUGUAUGAGAAAGCUGGCUUCGCCGAGCCGGUGGAAUACAAUGAACCGCAACCACAAGAAUCUCUUAAUACCACAGGAGACGUGGAUCACAGAGUGAUCCCAAUUCCUAUGGCUGUCGAAAAUCAGCUACCGUAUCGUUUGAUGAAAGCAGCAGAUGUAGAUCAUCGUAAUUUGAUUAGUCUAACGGGCAGUCCAGCAAAUCACAAUCUCGGUGAUUCAUCAUUGCCUUCUUUGCCCAACAACAAUAAUCUAUGGUCCACAAGUGAUCAAGAUUAUCGGCGACGUAUGCAACCCGGUGAUAUCGUCGAGAGCGUCGAUAUGGAGAUGUCGGAUGACGAAACUGAUAGCAAGCCAAAAAAUAGAGUCCUCGUUGACUUGAGAUCGCAGGAUCACGAUAUGCGUGUCGGCAUGCCUCCAUCGGCUACAUCCCAUCUCGACAUGGAUAUGCGUAUAAUUUCUCUUCCCGCCGGACAGAUACCAGGCUCUCGUGGUGGUCAGCUCGGACAAGAUGUGCACUUGAUGCAUUCAGGACCGCCACCACCGCCGUCGCUGUCGCAACAACAAUUUCAACAUCAAGGUCAAGGUGGUUUUCGGCAAGAGCAACCGGAAUUCUCUCAUCGUAAUCAGUCGGGAGAUUUUCAUCGAAAUCAACCGAAUUUUCAUCAGAACAGAUUACCGCCGCCGAACUUUCUGCCGAAUCAACAGGACUUUCACCCGAACCAGCAAGAGUUUCAUCAGCUUCAUCAAUCGCAGCAAGAUUUUCAUCAGUCACAAGACUUUGAGUAUCGUGACAGAGAACACACUAUUCGGCCCAAACAGGAUUUUUUGACCGAAUCAUCGGGACGCGGUAGAUACUCGCAAUCGAUGGAUCAUCAACAUCAACGCGAUAAUUCGUCCUUCCAUAGAAACGAACGGAACAAUCGCGGAAACGGCGGGCGUGGAUUUCCAAGGAAUCGCCGCGAUCGAUAUUCGGAUGAUCACAAUAUGAAGCAACGCAAUAAUAUGGCAAACAAUCGUAAAUCAAGAUCGCAGGAUCAACAGCAUCAAUCGUCGCCGGACACUUUGACCAACAAUCGACCGUUGUUACUGCAACCACCCGACACUGUCGUAAUCCUAGAUGAGGAAGGCAUGCCAAUUGGUAUGCCGGAUUUCGAUCAGGAAAACAAUGUACCAUCCAACAUAACGGAUGCUCAAACAGAGCCGGAACGCGAUUCCGACAAUUGUCAGAACUCUUCGAUGCCACAAGCACGACGGACAUCACACGAUCCAUCGAGUUCUCACGAAUCUGAGCAUAAUCAGCAACAGCAAGGUUACCAAAUAGGCCCCGAUCACGAGCAAGUACUACCCUCAGUAAAGUCGGAUGAUCAGCCAUCACCGUCGAUGAAUCAAGUGACAGUUAUUCCGAUAACAUCUGAUAGCGUCAGCGAUGACCCGCAACAACAAAAUCAGUAUGUUCCUAUUUCAGACUACGAGGAACAUGUAGAGUCGGCCGAGCACUCCGAUCCUGCGGAGAAGACAAGUGCGAUUGACAAGUGCGAGUCGAUCGAUCAGAGACAAGAAGUGAAUUUCACGGAAAACGAACAAUUGGACGAGUUGAUGAGCUCGACCACAUCGGGUAACGAAUUGAAAAGACCGUCGACGAAUGGUAGUUUUGACGAACAGAGCCACGAUGAAGGAAGUUCUAACAAAAAGAGAACUCUUUUGCCGAACGGUCCACAAACGCCGAGUGCUAGCGAGUCAUCAGGACCAAACGGUCCUUCGCCGCAUGUUGGUACAUCGACGACGGAACUGCAUCCCGCCAUGAUGUACGAGUACGACGGGCCGAACUUUCGGCCGCGCCUCGGUGCGCCUUUCCCGCCCUGGCGAGGUGGACCGCCGCCUCCACCUUCCAGAGGGAAUAGAGGUUUCAGAGGUGGAUUACCGCCACGGGGCCCAUGGAUGGAUAGAGGGCCGCGUGGACCUGCGGCCGGUAACUUUUCGCCGAGAGGACUGAAACGCGGAGGCGGACAGUUUCGGGGCGGCGGUGGCUUCAGAGGCCGGGGACGAGGCAGUAAUUGGUAGAUAAGCGCAAAAUUCGAAAGAUUCGACGACGGAUCUCAAUUACCGUCGUAAUCUGACCGAAAACAUUACGAAGUGCGUUUUGCACCCUGUAAAUAUGCGAACCGUUGUGUUUUGACAUGCAGACACAUAUACAUACACACGCGCGCAUUGCGCGCGUACAUACUUACCAUACAUAUACACACACGAUUGGCUCCAGAUGGAAAUCUUCUGUAACGAAGAUUCUUCAUAUCCUUCUGUGUGCGAUUGAUUCGCCUAUAUAAAUAUAUAAAUAAAAAACUAUAAAUAUAUAAUAUACAUAUACAUAUAUAAAUAUACGCAUAUUACAUACAUAUUACAGAUUUCGUUAAGAUCUUACAGAUAUUAUCGAAGCGGCUUGAGUUCAUGCAUGUAUAUAUAUGUAUGUACACAUGUAUAUGCUAUUCGUGGAUCAGAUAAUGAUUAAGAAAACAUGUGAUGAAUCAAGUCGUUCGUGGUCGCUCCGAUAAUGGCUAAUCAAUACCACCACCACCACCCUCAUAGAUUUUCAUGUAAGGAAAAUUUGUGUUAUUGAUGUACAUGCUAGAGGAGGAUUGUAAUGAUAAAUCCGUCAAAUGAGUAGACUUGUGCAAAGAGAACCGUAUUCUGGCGAACUAGGAAGCAAGAUUGAGCACUGGAAAUCGCAAAUAACGAUAGUUAAUUGAUGAUUGAUAGCUGAUUGAUAACAACGAUUGAAACUAAUGUAAUUUUGCUGAGUUCAAAUUUCCAUGUGUAUGGAAACUACUAAUAAUGCGAAAAAAUAAAUUCUAUGUUUGUUAUGUACCGGGAAUUGAGCUCAUCAAAAUUGUAUCAGUUCCAAUUUUUGUGUGUUUUUUUAACUCAAUCGUUGUAAUUUAUUCUUCACGGAUCUUCUAUUAUUUUCCUUCCUCAUUCAUUUUUGAACAUAAGAACCACGAUCACCUGUUUCCCCAUCUUCAACCUGUCUGACUACGCUGUCUGCUGCUUGAGCUUGAGGUUUAUUAUAAAAAGAAGAAAAAAAGAAAAAUGCAAAAAAUACAGGCGUAUUAAUGAACCACCUAAGUAUUUUAGUAAAAUGCAGUGUUUACGUUAUGGUCCGUUUCGUACAUUUUCCCUAUUGUUGUUUCUCAAAUAUAUACAUGUAGAUGAAUGUUUCUUAGUAAAUCGUUUUCAUAAUGAAACGGCAAUAAAUAAUUAAGUUGCAGAAAAUCAAUCUGAAGCGUCAUGUUUUCAAUUCGUUCUUUAUAAACUACAGAAUCACAUAGAAUCGUUUCGUGUAUAAGAUAUUAAUUCGAGAGAGAGAGAGAGAGAGAUAGGCUAUCGAUAUAAGGUGCUCUUAUGUAAUUGUUAAUAUUUUUCUGUAGUUGUGACCAGAAAUAGAAAUGUAAAGCGAAUAUAAAGGCCAUG